AUGGAUCCUAAAGCAGCCGAAGAACGCCGCCAAAGAUUGCUUGCUAAGAAGAAGCAAAGAGAGCAAAUGAUCUUGGAUAAUAAAGACGAAGUAAGAAUUCCUGCUGCAUUGGCAGGUUUUCAUAAACACGACCAUUCAGAAAAUAAUAACACAACUGAAGGAAAAAUCGAAGAAAAUGUAAGUCAACAAGUUACAGAGACUAAACCCGAAGAAAAAAUUGUUGAAACUGAAGAACAAAUUCCAUUAAAGUCAAAUGUGAAUGAAUAUGUUGUUAUGAAGAAUGAAGCAGUCAGAAAAGACGAACCAAAACACAUUGGACCUAAAACUCAAGAAGAAAGAAGAAAAGAAGGAUAUUCCAAUUUGAAUUCUUCAUCAAAGAAGUCAAAGAAAUCCUUGGCAGAUCGAAUAUUAGAUAUUUAUACAUAUUUUAUUACUGUCGCUUUAAUUGCUCUUACUUCUUAUUUUGCAUAUAUUGAGUUGAAAAAAUCAAUUCUCAUUCUCAUGGUUCUUGAUUUCGUUUUGAUUGCAAUACCAAAUAUGAUUGUCGAUAUAUCAGAUAGCCUUUUGGUCAAUUGCUUUUUCAUAUUAAGGGAAAUUUUAGCAACGAAACAACGAUAUCCAUUCUACUUUAUUUCAGCCAUUUCUACAUUCCUUAUCAAGGAAUAUUUGAAAAUUAACUAA